CACUGGUGGGCAGCACUGGUGGGUGGGCACAGGUGGGUGGCACUGGUGGGCACAGGUGGGUGGCACUGCUGGGCACAGGUAGGUGGCACUUCUGGGCACAGGUGUGUGAAAUUGCAGAGUGGCACAGGUGGGUGCACUGCUGGGCACAGGUGGGUGCACUGCUGGGCACAGGUGGGCGGAACUUGUGGGUGGCACUGCUGGGCACCGAUCAUCAGGGCACUGAUCAUCAGUGCCCUGAUGAUCGGUGCCGAUCCCCGCUCUGACAACUGCCGGUUCUCGGCAGUACUUUCCUCACGAUCUGACAGCGUGAGGAAAGUGCAGCCGAGAACCGGCACUUGC